AUGGCGCUACAGUCUGAAGGAGGAGACAGACAUGCAUCCCCAGACUUCUUUCAUUGCUUGCAGGAUAUAGCUAAAAAAAAAAAGAUUCCUUUAAUACUGGAUGAAAUACAAACAGGAGGUGGAGCAACAGGAAGAAUAUGGGCACAUGAAUAUUUUGAAUUAAAUUCUCCUCCUGACAUGGUUACAUUUAGCAGCAAAAUGCAAGCUAGUGGUGUCUAUCAUACUCCAGAAUACAUGCCAAAACAUCCAUACAGAGUGUUCAGUGCCUAUAUGGGUGAUCCCACUAAAAUAUUAAUAUUAGAAGCAGUACUACAAGCCAUUGAGGCAGAGGAUCUGUUAACCCAUGUUUGUCAUGUUAGCAAUUAUUUACUAUGUCAGUUGAACGCAUUACAACAGGAAUUUCCUGAGCUUAUCUCUGCUGUUCGUGGUAGAGGUUUUAUUAUUGGAUUUGAUGCAGCAACUACGGAUUUGAAAAACAAAAUAAGGCUUGCAUUACUUAGUAGAGGUGUACAAGUGGGUGAUUCUGGUUCAAAAUCGAUCCGACUAAGACCAUGUUUAAUAUUCGGUGAAUAUCAUGCGGAUAUCUUUAUAGAUACUCUUCGUUGUUGUUUAAGAGAUAUUGAAGAAAGUUGAUAUAUUUUUAUUGUUGCAUUUUGUGUUUAAUAAAUAUAUAUUUUCAUAGAAAUAGAAUGUAUUUGCAGUACAGAGUAAUUUAUAAUACAUAACUGGUUUAUAUAGC